GACUAGCAGGAGCUUAGCGCGAGAGAAGAGUAUGUUAGUGCUAGUCGUCGUCGUCGUCGUCGUCGUCGUUGAUCUGGGAAGGGGUGUUUAGCUAGUGUUUAUGCUCCAGCUGCAUGGGUUGGGGCAGUGGCAGCGAGCAGCGUGUUCUGGUGACGUACGGUGACAAUAACGGUGGUCACGACAACGCGGAUGAUGAUACUCGCAGGUCGCAACUUAAAAACCUCCAGAUCCAGUGCUGCUGCAUUCGUUACUGGGUGGGAAGCGUUGCGAGUAUACUGUGUGUGUGUGCGAGUGUGCCUCUUUUUUAUCAUUCACCGUCAGUCGGGUCGGUCAGUUUUUCCAAUUGAUAAAUUCUCUAAUGCGACAAUCUGCUCCACCGGUGCGGACUGGACUGUCUGAAUUUAGUCGUAUUAUGACAGUGGCAACGUGCGGUAAUAAGUGUUCGCGUUCCUCCCGUAUGCAAAUAGACUAAAGGAAGGGAAACCCGCAGAACCGCACAGGAUCGUAUUAAAUGUGUUUUUGUCUGCUUUAAACCUCGCAAGCUGUGCGUUGUGAAAGGAUGAGCAUGAUAGUGAGGAUUUUGAAUUUUUAAAUGUGAUCGCGUGUGUUGAUAUUCUGUGGUCCAAAAGCUGUGAGGUCGUACGCUAGUUGUUCGUUAAUAAGGAUAUAAAGUGUUGUGACCGUUCUCUUGAACAUUGAACAACCACACAACAAAACUGUGUAAGUGAAGUGCCAAUUUGUGCUGCCUCGAGAUACUACUAUUACUACUCGAUUAAGAGAUUUCGACAUUCGACAGAAUGAGGGACCUUCAGCCUCAGAAUGGCAUUGAGAAAGUAUCGGAGAAGCGUGACGAGCUGCCAGCGAAGGAGAAGAAAAGUCCGUCCUCUUUGCGAGAAAAGUAUCUGUACUUUAAACGCAACAUAACCGUCGAACCCAUGCUGGCGUGCUACAUCAUGCCCAGCGUGCUAGCUGGGCUGGCCACCCAGAACCUGAACCUUGAGAAAGCGUGUCGAGUGAAUCUGGCCUACGGUGAUGAGAUCUGCGAUGCACUGACCCGGCGUGACACAGCAAACUACACGCACGAGGAAGAAAUGGUCCAGCACCUGGUCGCGAAAAUGGCCGGCUGGAAGACGGUGUUACAGAGUGCAUUGCCCUGUAUGUUGAUACUGUUCUGGGGUUCAUGGAGCGAUCGUCACGGUCGGCGGAAGCCCUGCAUGUUGAUACCGAUCAUCGGCGAGUUUAUGACCGCGAUCGGGUUAAUUCUGUGCACGUACUUCGAAAAGGUUCCGAUGGAGGUGGCCGGCAUAACGGAAGCCCUGUUUCCUGCGCUGACCGGCGGUUGGUUCACGAUGUUCAUGGGCGUCUUCAGCUACAUUGCCGACGUGACCACGACCGAGGAACGGACGUUGCGCAUCGGAAUAGUGAACCUAUGCUUUUCCUUGGGCGUUCCCAUCGGUAUGGCCUUCAGCGGGAUCCUUUUAAAACAGAUCGGCUUCUACGGCGUGUUCUCCAUAUCGGCCUCCCUCUACCUGGUAGCGUUCUUUUACGGUGCGUUCGUCGUGAAGGAGGUGGACAUAGUGAACGAAAAGCAGCGCUUGCGAGCGAAGGAAAAGGGACUGCUGGCCGACUUCUUCGAUCGCGAGCACGUGCUGGAGACGUUCCGGGUGGCGUUUAAGAUCGGCGAACGGCAGCGUCGUCUGCGCGUGAUCAUGCUGAUGAUAGUGGUGAUGGUCGUGAUUGGUCCACUCCACGGAGAGAUGGCGGUAAUUUAUCUAUUCACACGCUACCGGUUCAACUGGAGUGAGGUAGAGUUUAGCUUCUUCUCCACGUACGGCAUGCUGACCGGGCUGAUUGGGACGCUCUUUUCCGUCGGUGUGUUUUCACACAUGCUCAAAAUAGACGACGCACUGAUUGGCGUUAUGUCAUGCAUGUCGAAGAUACUGUCGAGCUUUGUGUACGCGUUUGCGGUCACCACCUGGCAGCUUUACCUGGGCCCCAUCGUGGAAAUGCUCAAUGGUACCUCCUUCAUUUCGAUGCGCUCGAUCGCGUCGAAGCUCGUCGCAAGCGAUGAACUCGGCAAAGUAAACUCGCUCUUCGGUGUGGCCGAGGCGUUGAUGCCACUGGUGUACGCCCCACUGUACACCACCGUCUACUCGCUGUCCAUCAACGUGCUGCCGGGAGCAUUUUUCCUGCUAGGGGGCGCUCUCACCUCUCCAGCGGUAGUGAUUUUUCUCUGGAUGUAUCGCGUGCACAGGCGCGAGGCACGAGAACUAGCGGAAGAAAAGCGUGCCGAGGACAAGUACCGACAGCUGGACGACAGUGCCGAAAGCAACGGGUGUCGUACGAUCGGGACGGAACCGCUGGAACGGAAGCGAACCGUGCGGCCCGAUUAUGGUACGGGAAUCGCUAAUGCUGCCUUUGAGGAUGAGAAUGUGAUUGCAGGAAGGCAGGAUAAACAACACCACCCAAUGACGACGCCAAUGACGACGGCGGUGAACCAAUCGAAACUGUGAUACUGUCGCUGGAUCAAAUACAUGAAACAGAUUUAGAUGUAGUAUAUGUGUGUGGAUGUGUGUGUGUGUAAAUACAAUGGAAGUUGAAUGUAUUAACCGU